AUGUCUUCUUCCAAUAACCCUUCUCUUAUAGCCUUGUUUCUCUUUCUCUUGGCCAUUCUGCGUUCUUUACGUUUGAUGGCGUCUUCAACAGUGUCAUUGUCAUCAUCCAUUGCUCUAAGCCAUUGUUCUUCACUCAAUCCAUCAUCAUAUCUAACACGUUUUUUCUCUCUCAUUUUAGUCAACUCCUUGUUGUCCUUUUCAAAAUGCUUUGAAAUAUCUUCAGUAAAUACACUAGGCAAUUCAUCUUUUUCAAUCAAUCUCGACUUGAGAUUAACAUCAUUGAGUUUUCGUUCUUCAUCCAUAGCAGCAAACAACGCCUUCUCUUCUUCACUACGUGCCAAAAUUUCGUUCAAUUCAUCGUCCUCCAAAGAGUUGUCUUCCUCGUUAACGGCAUCAGUAGCCGAUGCUGUGAUUAAACUCAUCAACAUUGCUUCUUGCUCUUCGGGUGUGGAUUUAUUAUCAAACUUACCAGCUUGA